AGGGACUUCGCUGAAAUGAAAGUGAAAGCAGAGAGCCUGCAUGAGAACCAAAAGGAGUGUCUUUCAGGCUCUGCUGGGGAAAACCAAAGCUCUUCAAAGUGCUAGCAAGACUUCAGUCGCGGUGGACUCUGCCUCUUUGUGCCCAGCUCUGAAGCCUCGGCUCUUGCCAACCGGACCCCAGACUAUGUUGGCCCUCCACAAUCUUCAGGAGAAACAGGCCAAACUAAAGACGAGGCUGCAGGAGCUGCAGGAGCUGAAAAGGAAGCUCAGGGACUCCCCCCAAGACAAGGCCCCAUUCCCAGUGCCUGAGACCCCCCUGGUGUUCCGAGGACACGUUCAGCAGGGCAAGGAAAUAGCCAAGUCUGUGGUUUCCAACCUGCGAAUCUGUUACCCUCUGCCUGGAGGCUCUGCUCUGGUCACCUUUGAUGACCCCAAUGUGGCCAAGCAGGUGCUGCAGCAAAAGGAGCAUGAGAUCAACGUGGAAGGGUUCCGACUGCGGGUGCAGGUCCAGCCCUUGGAGGUGCCCAUGCUGACCACCAUCCAGGUGUCCAGCCAGAUGAAUGACCAGAGAGUGCUGGUCAGUGGGUUUCCUGCCGGGCUCAGGCUAAGUGAGGAGGAGCUGCUGGACAAGCUGGAGAUCUUCUUUGGCAAGACCAAGAACGGGGGUGGUGAUGUGGAGAUGCGGGAACUGCUGCAAGGGGGUGUCAUGCUGGGCUUCGCUAAGGAUAGCGUGGCCCAGAACCUGUGCCAGACGGGCCAGUUCACAGUGCCGCUGGGUAAGCAGCAGUUCCCUCUGACAGUCUCUCCCUACGUGAGUGGGAAGAUCCAGAAGGCUGAGGUCAGGUCCCAGCUGGUGCCCCACUCGGUGCUGGUGCUCGACAUUCCCGACGUCCUGGAUGGCCCCGAGCUACAAGACAUCCUGGAGAUCCACUUCCAGAAGCCCACCCGUGGGGGCGGGGAGGUGGAAGCCGUGACAGUCAUGCCCCCAGGACAGCAGGGCCUGGCGGUCUUCACUGCCACCUCGGGCUAGGAGCCCGCCCUGCUCAUCGCCCCCGCCCCUCCGCCAAGGUUCUCAAACCCGGCUGGGUUGGACGCACGUACAGGAGAGAGAGAGACCCUGCUGGUCAACGGCAGCAGGGACUAUGCGUUGUGCAACGCUGCCCGAGAACAGUAAAAGGCCUGCAUGGCA